AUAAAAUAUUAAUUAAUGUAAAAGGUGGAGCCAAUAAUCGCAAAGUUGAGAUUAUAAGAAUUAGAUGAAUAUGAGCCAUUGAAGAAAUAUUUACCAAAUGUAUGAUUAUAAAAUAGAUUAUAAUAAUAACUAGGCAAACAUAAAGUUAUCUCAUAUAGUAUUUGGAGCAUUGAUAUUUUCAUUAUUAUGUUCUUUGAUUGGAAUAGCACCAAGAGUAGUGACUGGUUUGGUAGGAGCAUUGAUUCCAUCAUUUUAAGCAAUAAAUAAAUAUUAGACAUCAGGUAAUAUGAAUAAGAAAAUGAAAAAUUAGGUGAGAUUUACACGUGCCUUCCAUAUUUUAUAAUAUUUUCAACUUAUUUGACAUUUUAAGGAUGGAUAAUGUGGAUCUUUUCAUUUAUACCAUGUUUCAAUACCAUGUGUUUAUUGUUUGUAUUGGCUCUUUAUCAUCCAGAUGUACAAUUAUCAAAUAAAAUUUGGAAUUUGUUGUAGAAAGUGUUAUGAGAAAGCAAAUAUAAAUAAUAUAUAAAUAUAAUAAAUAAAUAAA